GUGGGGAGUACUUCAAGAAAAAAUGAUGUCAGAAUCUUAUGGCUCAACUGAUAAUUCAAAAUUUGUUGAUGCUCAAAUGUUAGUAUUUUUAAAUAGAGGGCUUUCAACUAUAUUGUCUGCUAUAGUUUUAUUGAUGAAUGAAGGAAUUAGUUCUAAAAAUCCUCCACCAUUUUACAAAUACAGUUAUUGCACUUUGUCUAAUAUUAUAAGUUCAUGGUGUCAAUAUGAAGCACUUAAGUAUGUUAGUUUCCCAACUCAGGUAUUAGCUAAAACCUGUAAAAUUAUACCAGUUAUGAUAAUGGGGAAAUUAAUAUCUGGUAAGAAAUAUCAAUUCUAUGAGUAUAUUACAGCUUUCGGAAUUUGGAUGGGUAUGGCUAUUUUUCAGUAUUUUACUGCAAACAAACAUUCUGACGUAACAACUUGUGUAUCGGGAAUUAUUUUGUUGAUUGGAUAUUUAGUAUCAGAUAGCUUUACAGCAACUUGGCAAGGAAGAAUUUUUACACAAUAUUAUGUUACUCCUUUACAAAUGGUUUUUGCUACUUCUUUUUUAUCGUCCAUAUUAACAUCAAUUUCACUUUAUCAAACUGACUCAUUCAAAAAAACUUUUAUAUUUAUAACACAGCAUCCAGAAUUUUUAACAGAUUGUUUAAUGUUAUCUGUAAGUUCAGCAUGUGGUCAGUUAUUUAUUUUCAAAACAAUUUCAAAAUUUGGGCCUAUUGUUUUUACCAUAAUUAUGACUAUUAGACAGGGGCUUUCAAUAAUAAUAUCAUGUUUGAGAUAUCAUCACCCUAUUGGAUUCAUGGCUUCAAUCGGAAUAAUAUUUGUUUUUAUUUCAAUUUUUUUACGACUAUAUUGUAGUUUUCGUAUAAAAUCCAAAAAAGCAAUGAUCAGUUCAACUUAUAAAGUAUAAAUAAAUUAAAGAAAGAGAGAUACAAUACCAAAGAACAUUUGAGUUCCUUGAAGAGCGAGUUGUAUACAACCAAGAAUGCUUUCUAAUCUGAAUAUUCUCUGUUGCCAUAGUAAGAAGUAUACAACUCCAAGUGCUGAAGGCACUGUAAGUACCAGUGAAAGGAAGACACAUAUGGCUUUGUCUGCUGCAUUUU